GUUAUGAAGGAGACGGAAAAACAUGUACCCAGCUUGAUAUGUGCUCAAUAAGUAAUGGAGGGUGUCAUCCUUUGGCUACGUGUACCUCAGCUCCAGGACCAGUGCCAUUUUGUUCCUGCACACCUGGCUACACUGGAAGUGGAUAUGGGCCAAACGGGUGCUCUCCUCUCAGUGAUAUUUGUCAGCUGCAAAACCCUUGUGCCAACGGGCAGUGCUUGGCAGUGAUCUCUGGAUAUUUCUGCCUGUGUAAUGCAGGCUGGACAGGCCCUAAUUGUACGGAGAACAUUGACGAAUGCAUUAGCAACCCGUGCCAGAAUGGAGGGACCUGCACCGAUGAGGUCAAUGGUUACUCCUGCGAGUGCACCAGUGCCUGGACAGGACCACAGUGCCAGACAGCCCAGCAAGUUUGUGGAGGAUAUCUCUCAGACUCCAGGGGCACUUUCAGUUACCCUAACAACCCCAACAGCCAGCAGUACAACAGUGGGGUCAGCUGUGCUUGGGUUGUUCAAACUAGUCCCAACAAGAUUCUGCGUAUUAUUUUCCCAUUCUUCCAACUGGAGACAAGUAAUGACUGCAAUUCUAACUUCCUUCAAAUCCAUGAUGGGCCUUCAGCGUCGAUGCAUAUGCUGGGAAAGUACUGUGGCUCCUCACCUCCUGCAGAGCUUUUCAGUUCCCACAACUCCCUGUAUUUUUGGUUCUACUCAGACCACACCAUUACAGCCGGAGGUUUUACUGUUCAGUGGGAAUCUCGGGAUCCUGAAUGUGGUGGUGAGCUAACGGGUACUUACGGCUCGAUCAGUUCUCCAGGAUACCCUGGUAACUAUCCUGUAAACAGAGACUGUUUCUGGACCAUCUCAACCAGUCCUGGCCUCCUCAUCACAUUUGCUUUUGGCACACUGAGCUUAGAACACCAUGAAAACUGCAGUUAUGACCAUUUAGAGAUUCGAGAUGGUCUGCUUCCACAAGACCCCGUCCUUGGCAAAUACUGUAGCACUGGGUCUCCACACCCACUCCAGACUACUGGUCCGUAUGCAUGGAUUCACUUUCACUCUGAUAACUUAGUUACUGAUAAAGGCUUCCACAUCGUCUAUACAACAUCUCCUACUGAUCCAAAUUGUGGAGGAAAUUACACGGAUAGUGAAGGGGUUAUCAUGUCCCCUUUCUGGCCUAACCCUUAUAUCAACAACCGACAAUGUAUCUACAUUAUCAGACAGCCAGAGGAUGAAAAAAUACACCUCAACUUCACGCAUGUGGAGCUGGAAAAUCACACUGGUUGUUCAUCGAAUUAUAUUGAGGUUCGAGAUGGCGGCAGUGAGAUGUCUUCUCUUAUUAACAAGUUCUGUCAUAGUACAUUUAUGCCACCAAUCACUUCCACCAGCAACAGUCUCUGGAUCAAAUUCAAGUCUGAUCCUUCUGUGCAAAGGGCUAGCUUCAGGGCCAUUUAUCAAGUUGCCUGUGGAGGCCUCUUGCAUGGAGAAGGAACUAUUCAUUCACCUUACUACCCCAGGAUGUCCCCUCACCCAAAGACCUGUGAAUGGAUCAUCUCCCAGCCAGAUAGUAAAGUGGUGGUUCUUAACUUUACUGACUUUGACAUUCGAAAUACAACCACUUGUGACUCAGACUACAUUGAGGUCAGAGAUGGCAACAACACAGACUCUCCUCUUUUGGAGAAAUUCUGUGGCACAGCUGUACCAGCUAGGGUGCAAUCCACACGGAACAAUCUCUAUAUCAAAUUCAGAGCUUCCUCUCUUACCAACCUUGGCUUCAGAGCUCAGUACUGGCCACUAGAUACAGUAUGUGGAGAGACUCUCACCGGAGCAGAAGGAACCAUUACAAGUCCUGGACAUUCAGAUGUCUACCCACAUGGUAUUAACUGUACCUGGAUUAUCAACAUUCAACCUGGAUACCUUAUCCGCCUGACAUUCACUUCAUUUAACUUGGCAUUUGAUUACAACUGCAGAAAGGAUUAUCUUGAAAUAUAUGACAACAGCACUGUGCAAAAAUUGGGAAGGUACUGUGGAAGAUCAAUUCCACCUUCUCUCACUAGUGGUGGCAACAUAAUGACGUUGUACUUUGUGACUGAUCACAGCAUUGCAUCUGAGAGCUUCUCAGCUAAUUAUAUCUCCCUGGAUGCAUCAAAAGCGUGCUCACAGAGCUACAUUGCUGAUACUGGUGUUCUAACAUCUCCUAACUAUCCCAAUAACUACCCUGUCCAGAGGGAGUGCAUAUACACCAUCACAGUGGGAAUAAAUAGACAGAUUGUGCUGCGCUUCACCAACUUCACCUUGGAAGGGAAUAAACGCUGUACAGAGGAUUAUGUAGAAAUCAGGGAUGGAGGCUAUGAAACUUCUCCUCUUCUUGGAAAAUACUGUGGCACAGACCUGCCUCCUGUUAUAAUCUCUCAUGGUAACAAGCUGUGGAUAAAGUUUGUAAGUGAUAUAUUUGGCACAAGAACAGGAUUUUCAGCAGAGUGGGAUGGUACUUCAACAGGUUGUGGUGGGACUUUGACAACAUCUUCUGGUAUCUUCAUGUCCCCCAACUACCCUAUGCCGUAUUACCACAAUUCAGAGUGCUACUGGCUGCUCAGAGGAAACCGAGGAACCCCAUUCGAAAUCCAGUUUGAACAGUUCCAUGUAGACUACCACCCAAACUGCAACUUGGAUUAUCUUGCGGUAUAUGAUGGCAACAGCAGUAAUGCUAGACAGCUUGGAAAAUUUUGUGGGAAUCAGAUACCACAACUCAUCCGUUCCAGUGGAGACAGUGUGUAUGUAAAACUAAGGACAGAUCACAGUCAGCAAGGUGGAGGUUUUUUAGCCAAAUACAAACAGGUUUGCCAUGAAGUACUCACUGUUAAUCGUAGCCAUGGCAUAUUGGAAAGUUUAAAUUAUCCAAAUAAUUACCCACUAAAUGAGCACUGCAGCUGGACUAUCCAAAGUACAAAGGGGAGCACACUCAACUAUAGCUUCACAGCCUUUGAUUUAGAAGAUGGAUCUGACUGUGACCGUGACUUCUUGCAGCUCUAUGAUGGGCCUGAUGUACAAUCCAACCUGAUAGGCACUUUCUGUGGGCAGUCUCUUCCACUGGCAGGAAGCACUACAGGGACCAGCCUUCACGUGGUGUUUUAUUCUGAUGGACUGAACACUAGAAGUGGGUUCCAGAUGCUGUGGCAUGUUAAUGGUUGUGGAGGAGACCUCUCUGGCUCUUCUGGUUCAUUUCACAGCCCUGGCUACCCCAACACAUACCCAAGCAAUAGGGAAUGCAUCUGGUACAUUCAUACAGCACCUGGUAGCAGCAUUCAACUCACCAUUCAAGAAUUUGACAUUGAAUAUCAUCCAAACUGCAACUACGAUGUUUUGGAGGUCUAUGGUGGCCCUGAUUUCCUCUCUCCUAGACUAGCCCAGCUGUGUGUUUCAAGAUCAGCACAGAACCCGCUGCGAGUCUCUACUACUGGCAAUUCAGCCGUUGUCCGUUUCAAGACAGAUGAAGGAGUGACAAGGAAAGGUUUUAAUGCCUCCUGGCAAGAAAAUCCGGGUGGCUGUGGUGGUAUUUUCCAAGCUACCAGUGGGGAAAUCCAUUCUCCAAACUAUCCUCAACCUUAUAAUAACAACACAGAUUGUUCUUGGGUCAUCCAAGUUGACUACAGCCACAGAGUCCUGUUGAAUUUCACGGAUUUUGACAUUCAAAAUCACCCUUCAUGUGACUAUGACAGUGUUGCAGUAUAUGAUGGUCCUAGCGAUGAAGCACCACUUCUUAGAAAACUCUGUGGAGUACAGCAUCCUCCUCCUAUCACAUCCUCCAAGAAUCUGAUGUACAUCCGACUGCGCUCUGAUGCAACUUUCCAGUACAGAGGCUUCAGUGCUCGUUUUACUGAAUCAUGCGGAAGUUUCAUAGAGUCAGAUUCAGUUGGGGCAGCAAUUUCCUCUCCUCUGUAUCCUGCCAAAUACCCAGACAAUCAGAACUGCAGCUGGAUUAUUCAGGCUCAGGAACCAUUCAGCCACGUCACACUCUCGUUCACUGACUUUGAUAUCGACAACAGCAGACAAAACUGUACAACAGAUUUUGUGGAGAUUUUGGAUGGGAAUAACUACGAGGCUCCUCUUCAAGGCCGUUACUGUGGCACUACUAUACCACAUCCAGUCACUUCUUUUAGUAAUGCCUUGGUGGUGAAUUUCAUCUCCAACAGUGACAUUACUGCUAGGGGCUUCCAUGCUACCUAUGCUGCAUCAUCAUCAUCCUGUGGGGGUACUUUCCAUAUGGAGAGAGGAGCUUUCAGCAGCCCUGGCUAUCCUGAGCUAUAUCCGCUCAACACCGAGUGUGUCUGGAUGAUUCUCAGCUCCCCUGGCAACCGGGUCCAGCUGUCUUUCACAACAUUUCAGCUGGAAGAUAGUAGCAGCUGCACCAAAGAUUACCUGGAGAUUCGCGAAGGGAAUGAUACAGGGCUGCUUGCAGGACGAUUCUGUGGGAACACUUUGCCUUCAAAUUAUACGUCUACUGUUGGACAUGUCCUGUGGGUCAAAUUUGUGUCGGACAGCUCAGUCGCUGAUGUUGGCUUCAGGGCCAUGUUUUCUCACUUGUAUGGAAACGAUAUUGUGGGAAGCAGAGGACAAAUAGCUUCACCGCAGUGGCCAAGAAGUUACCCUCACAAUUCCAAUUACCAGUGGCGAAUAACUGUUAAUGCUUCACAAGUUAUCCAUGGCCGUAUCCUGCAGAUGGAUACUGAAAAUCAUCACAGAUGCAAUUACGACAAACUAAAGGUUUAUGAUGGGCCCACCAUACAUUCUCGUCUUAUUGGAACAUACUGUGGUGCAGACCCUGUUUCUUUUGCAUCCUCUGGCAGUUCAAUGACAAUCCAGUUCCAGUCAGAUUCGUCUGUGGCUGGAAGAGGUUUUCUUUUGGAGUGGUAUGCAGUGGAUGCUUCUGCUGUUACACACACCAUUGCUAGAGGUGCAUGUGGAGGGACUGUAACAACUGAAGAAACACCUUCAUUCCUCUUCUCACCCGGAUGGCCCAUGAAUUACAAAAAUUCUGCUGACUGUAUGUGGGUUAUCAGAGCUCCUGGAUCCACUGUGGAGUUCAAUAUCCUGGCCCUAGACAUAGAAUCUCACAGCUCAUGCAACUAUGACAAACUUGUUAUCCAAGAUGGAGAUACUAGUCUUUCUCCAGUGCUGGCUACUGUGUGUGGACGAGAACCUCCUGGGCCAAUAAGAUCAACUGGAGAGGCAAUGUUCAUCCACUUCACAUCAGAUGCAAGUGUCACUGGAGCUGGGUUUAAUGCCUCUUAUCACAAAAGUUGCGGAGGCUAUUUGCGUACAGGCAGGGGUGUGAUAACAUCCCCCAACUACCCUCAUGACUAUGCUCCUAAUCUGAAUUGUUCCUGGCAUGUAGUGGUAACCCCCGGAUUUAUCAUCGCUGUCCAUUUUGAACAACCUUUCCAGGUUAAGAGUGAGGAUACUUCCUGCAACCUUGGAGAUUAUGUAGAGCUGAAGAAUGGGUUAGAUAAUGCUGCUCCACCUUUGGUGUCUGGAAGAGGGAAUGGACGGUUUUGUGGAAGCAGCCCCAUCUCUACCAUGUACACUACAGACAAUCAGCUGUUCAUCCACUUUGUAUCUGACAGAAGGAAUGAGGGUCAAGGAUUCAAACUGAAAUAUGAAGCUAAGAGUCUAGCUUGUGGAGGGAAUAUUUUUAUCAAUGAUUUCAACCCCAGUGGAUAUACAUCUUCCCCCAACUAUCCAAGCAAUUAUCCCCCGCAUGCUGACUGCAUCUGGAUCGUAACAGCUCCUAAUGGACAUGCAGUAGAGCUGCAAUUUGAAGAUCAGUUUUACAUUGAACCUUCACCAAACUGCACUUCCAGUUACCUAGAGCUACGCGACGGCGCUGACUCCACUGCUCCCAUCCUUGCCAAGCUGUGUGGAGGUUUGAUGCCAGGCUCGCAGAGGUCCUCAGGAGCUGUCAUGUACCUGAGGUUCAGGUCCGACAACAGUGCUACGCACGUGGGAUUCAAUGCUAAAUACUCCAUGGCUCCCUGCGGCGGGACAGUGACAGGACAAACUGGCGUCAUUGAAAGCACGGGGUACCCUGAGCUUCCUUAUCGAGACAACCUGCUGUGUGAAUGGUUUCUGCAAGGUCCCAGGGGUCACUAUCUUACCAUCAGAUUAGAAGGCCUCGAUAUUCAAAAUUCUUCCAAGUGCACAAAUGACUUUGUGGAGAUCCGAGAAUACAACGCUUCUGGAAAUUUGUUGGGCAGGUACUGUGGUAAUACUCUCCCUGAUGCUGUGGAUACCUCUGACAGUUUUGCUUAUGUCAAGUUUGUUACUGAUGGAUCAGUCAAUGCCCGAGGAUUCAGACUGCGCUUUGAUUCCAGUACUGAAG